GGUAGCAAGUUGCAUUGACAGUUAAAUUCACCUGUAUGUAACGAAAUGAUCAAAUCAGAAAAAUUUCAAGAGAGAGAUGAAAACAUGUGAAUAAGACUGUUGAGAAAAUCAAACAAUAGAGUAGCUGGUGCAUCAGUUAACAGGUUUAUGUAUUAAAAAUGGUGGUGAAAUGGCAGAAGUGGAUUUUGCAAAAGUAGUAAAAUAGAACUAAACAAACGGUUAAGAAUAUAGAAAGCCCUAAUGACAUGGGACUUUGCGCGAGGAGGAAUUUGUUUUUGUCAGUAUGUGUUUUACAAAUUUUAUCAGUUGUUGUGAGACAAGUAUUUGAUUUCCUAGGAUUUCUGUGGAUUCCUAUUUUGGUAAACUUUUUUGAAAUUAUAUUUGUCAUUUUUGGUUUUUUUGGAGCUUAUCAGUAUCGAACCAAAUACAUUGUAGCGUAUCUACUAUGGCAUAUUUUCUGGCUAGCUUGGAAUAUUUUUAUAAUUUGUUUAUAUCUCGAUGUUGCUGGUCUAGAUCAUGAGAAUAAUACGGUGCUGAAAUUAGACCCCAAUAGUAAUAGCUGGUGGAAAGAAAAUGGUCCUGGAUGUAAAGUGCGAAAGGACGGUAAUGGAUAUGAAGGUUGCUUAGUUAAAUAUGUUUACGUGGAAGUUUUUCAAGCGGGAUUGCAAUGUUAUUUUGCUCUCUUAAACAGCGUAAUAAGUAUAUGUCUCUGCCGAUCGUUUAGAGAAGACGACGAUACUUUGUCACGUAAAUCCUCUCGAAAAAAUGCCAAACAGAGGAUGUCUCUUUACUCUAUUGAAUUCAGCUCCCAAUUAGACAAUAGACAUGGUGAUAGUGAUAACGAUUUUGAUCAUUUACCACCCCCUGUAUCUCCGAAGCCAAUGACUCCUCGAAGAGUGAAGAGGCGUAGUGUUAUGACGAGAGGAUCGUCUGGCAGACAUAGUACGAGUAGUAGAAGACACUCGCAAUCACGAUCGUCAACGAGGAGUUCCAGGAGAAUGGCACAAAAUCCAGUGACACGUCUGCUGGAGCAACAACAAAAAUGUCAGGCGUACGACAGUCCAGCUAGUCCUUCACCUAUAGAAUCACCAUUACCAAACUAUUUCAGUGCAUCAAAUAAUAAUUUGAUAAAUCAUCAGAAUUGGCAAAAUGGCCAUGCUAAUCCGACUUAUCAACAGUCAUCGCAGCACUCUUUAAACGAUACUGAAGACCUAGAUGAUCUCUAUAACAACAGACCUGCAUCGGUUAGAUCGAGUUAUUCAAAUUUUCACGGUACUAGGGCUUUGAACUAUUCUCCUCCUAAACAUUAUCAUAGCCAUGCUACUCCGCAAGUACCGCAAAAACGAAAUAAUCCUAAUAGGAACAGUAUGAGGUCGAUGGCAUUUUUAAACAACGGACCACCGGCGUAUUCGUCGCAAAGCCAAAUUCCUGUUGAUUCUGAAACUCCCAUAUAGAUAAGUUAUUUAUUUUCAUUUUGUGUUCUUACAAGCCUUAUCGGUUAGUAGGUAGUAUAUUUUGUACAUAUUUUAAGGUGAGACGGAGUAACGCAGACUUUUAACUACAACUAUUUUAAACUCGUAUAAAAAUCUAUUGCAUAAAUGUCAACUGAUGAAGAAUUUUAAAAGGAAAAUUUGAAAAAAUUAUGAAAUCGGUAAAUAUUUCCAGCUUAUUUCAUAUUUUUGUUUUAGAAAAAUAUGUAGAUUUGAUCAUUUGUUCUCUGCUCCCUAGCCCUACUGCUUUUUUGGUGACUUGAUUGUAAAAUCACCGUCCGCAUUAUUUAAAUAACCGUGUGUAGUAAGGUCUUCUAGUCAUUUACAUCAGUUCAUAACAUUUUUUUCAUAUAAUUUAGAACAAUGUAUUUGAAUUAUAAAAGGUUACUGUUAUUAACAGUGGUGUGUUAAGUGUAGUAAAUCCAGAAAAGCCCUUUGUAUUUCUUUAAAUAUUAUUACUUACUACAAAUGCACUUAUGCACGGAAAAUAAAAAAAAACGCACAUGCAAUAGUGUAUUGCUUUGAAAUACUUUAUACUGCCACUGUUGUACUGUUUGAUUUUACCGUAUACUAUGAAGGCUUUAUAUCAUUGCAAUGUGGUGGUCUUAAUGUCACAAAUGUAUUGAAAAAAAUCCAACAAGAAUUUUUAUAUAAUCUACGAAAUAAAAACAUGCAGUAUGUCCACGGUUAGAGCGGAAAAGAGGGAAAUUAUUUGUAUUUUUCAUUUUACGAGAAAAAAGCCAUUUUGAAGGAUUUAUUAAAGACAUGCAAAAAUUUUAAUCAAGAAUGCCUUUUUCUCGUAAAAUGGAAAAUUAAAAUAUUUUCCCUCUUUUCCACUCUUAACCGUGGACAUACUGUAUAUGUAUUGAAAACACAUGAUGUGAUAUAAAUAUAUUUAUUCGUUCAUUAUUAAAAUCAUGCAUAAUUUGCUUAACGAUUAGAGAAGAUUUCACAAUAUUUCGAAAGACUGUAAGGAGCUCAGAACUAUUUUUGGAAGUAUUUUGUAUACAUAUAUUUAUAGCAGGAUUAUAUUCGAUGCAAAGUAAUAAAUCAUUGCCUGUCAAGGGAUCCAGUGUA